AUGGCCUCCACUCCCGAAUUCAAGAACGCAGCUACUUCCACUCUUUUGGAGUUGGUCAAGGCUCGCCGCACAUACUACGACCUCAAGGGCGAGAGCCCUGUCUCCGACGAUGUCAUUGAGAGCAUUGUUAAGGACUCGGUUCUCCACGUCCCCAGCUCCUUCAACACUCAGACCUCCCGUGUUGUCCUCCUGCUGAAGGAGGAGCACCAGAAGCUCUGGGAUAUUGCCAUUCAGAUCAUGGAGGGUCUUGUCGCCGCUGGCCACGUCCCUAAGGAAAUGUUCGAGAACUCCACCAAGCCCAAGCUGAACUCUUUCCGUGCUGCCUACGGAACCGUUCUUUUCUUCGUUGACUACGAGUCCCUUGCUGGUAUCAAGGAGAAGUUCGCCAUCUACGCCGAUAAGUUCGAUCCCUUUGCCCUGGAGUCCAAUGCUAUGUCUCAGUACCUUGUCUGGACUGCCCUUCAGUCCGAGGGCUUCGGCGCCAACCUCCAGCACUACAGCCCCCUCAUCGAUGAGCAGGUUGCCAAGACCUGGAACAUCCCCGCCUCAUGGAAGUUGGAUGCCCAGCUGGUCUUCGGUACUCCCAACUCUGAGCCCUCCGAGAAGGCCUUCGCUCCUAUUGAAGACCGCUUCAAGGUUUUCGGCAAAUAA